AUGGAAGGCUUUUUCGAAAGCGAUUCUGCCGGCUUGGAGGGCACUGCCGAAUGCUCGCUUCCAGAGCUUGUUCAAAAAUCGAUCAUGAAAUGCGAUAUUGAAAUCAGAGCACUUUUGUGCAACCAAAUACUUGUUACCGGCGGAACUUCGCAGGUUCCCGGCUUUAUUGAUAGACUUAGCAUCGAGUUAUCCAGACUAAUGCCCACGGUUUUGUCUCCGUCGUCCAGCUAUGAAAAAAGAUUUGCCCCGUGGAUUGGUGGUUCGAUUUUGGCGUCGCUCCCUGCGUUUCACAAGCUAUGGAUCAUCAAAAAGGAGGUCGAAAGACACGGCAUCUCGAUCAUCGAAAAAAAGUCCAAUUUAAAUUCCAAUUUGUCGUGA